GUAAGGUUCAUAUUAAAGUGGAUAUCCGUGGAGCAAAGGAACUUUUCGAUAUUCAAAGAUUUGUAAUCUUUGAAUAUCAAAAAGUUUCCAAUAUCCAUCGUGAUCUUGCCUCAAAUUCAACUUUUUUUUCCUUCUUAUAACUACUGAAACUUGAUCUUAUGGCUACACUUUGUCGUUUACAAAAAAAUAAUUAUAUUAUAGCUGUCAUCAAUCUUUUUUUCUUUCAUCUCGUGUAUUACUCUGUUAUAGCAACGACCAAUAUCAACAACAAUAAUGGUGGCUUCAGCGCCCAUCUUAUCCGAAAGAACUCCCCAAAUUCGCCAUUGUACAAACACAAAAACAACAAAGUUCAUCGACGGUUGAUGGGUCCAGACACACCGGGAUCACGAAUGAAAAUCGAUACGGGUAGUGGCGAACAUAUUAUGAAGUUCUCAAUGGGAACCCCGCCCUUUGAUAUUUAUGUAAUUGCUGAUACAGGUAGCGAUCUACUAUGGACACAAUGCCAACCAUGUAAAGCUUGCUACAAGACCAAUUUUGGCGUUUUUGACCCGAGAAAAUCCUCAACUUAUAGGAACAUUACUUGUCGUGCAAGCGACUGUAGACUCGUCGCCCUUUCCAGACCAUUGGACUAUCAACCAAACUUUUGUAGAGAAAAUCCUAAAGGACUUUGCUUGUAUAGGUAUGCGUACAUGGACACGUCAUCCUCGACCGGUGCAUUGGCUAAAGAAACAGUUACCUUGACAUCCACUACUGGUAAAGUCGUAACCCUAAAAGAUAUUAUCUUUGGGUGUGGGAAUGAGAACAAUUCAACUAUAACUGGAACUGAAAUGGGUGUUAUUGGGCUUGGACGUGGGCCCUUGUCAUUUGUUUCUCAAAUUGCUCCUUAUGUUGGAGGAAAAAGAUUCUCACAUUGCUUGGUGCCAGAUCCCAACAUUGAAAGCAAGAUCUAUUUCGGGAACGGCAGUGAAGUUUUGGGUGAAGGGGUGCUGACAGUACCUUUGUUCGAUGAACAACCAGGUGGGAGUAACUAUUAUGUGACAGUACCAGGAAUUACCAUCGGAAAUGACUUUGUUCCUUUUAACUCAACUGGGACAUUGCUCACGAAGGGUAACAUGUUGGUCGACUCAGGUACACCUAUGACAUAUUUACCACAAGAAUUUUUUGACCGGGUGGUAGCUCAGCUAAAAAAGACAGUUGAAUUGGACUCAUUCAUAUCUCCGGAGGAUUCUACCCUUUGCUUCAACUCCACAACGGUUCCAAAAUUCCCAACAGUGGCUUUACAUUUUGAAGGUGGUGGCGAGCUGCCGUUGAAUGAGACCCAAUUAUUUCUUAGAAAUGAAGAGACCAAGGCAUUUUGCUUUAUGAUGGUGAACACCACUACUGAAGAUUAUGGUACUUUUGGAGGUUCUCUUCAGACAGAUUUCUUGAUUGGUUUUGACUUGGAUACAAAAGUGGUAUCUUUCAAGCCAACUAAUUGCGCAAACUUCAACAAAAGCUAAUUGCCUAAACUACUAGUACUAGCGACUAAAAACAUGGGUGGCGUUUUAUUUCUAAGAAUUUGGGACUUUGCUUUCUCUCCCACAAAUCCCUAGUUCAAAGAGUCUUAAAAUCCUCAACAUUCAAGAGCAAAGCCGUGCACUUCCAUCAGCCAUCCUCAUCAAGCCUUGCCGUGAUCUACAAUCUUGAAGGAGCUCUUGCAUCCAAGGCAUCUCAAAAAGUGUAGACGUGGCCUUUACCUCCCAUUGUACUGUUUUACUCUUCUUGUAGAACAAUUUAUUAUGUUUUUUGUGGUUUCAAGAUUCAGGUGGGCCUUCAGCCUCCAUGAUGUCUUGCAGUCUGCUGCCAGACAGGUUAUUGAUAUUUAUCGUUCGAGGGAGCUCCUUAGGAUGGUGUUUUUGCUCGGGUUUUUGUCGGAAGAUUUCGGCAACAGGUUUUAGUGCAACAUCUCUGAGUGGUGGUCCUGUUGUACAGGACUGGAGAGCCUUGUUGAUAGCUUCCUGGACGGACAGCGUGAUGGGUUCUUAAUCAACAGUGGUAGGAUCAUGAAGCACUGGAUCGGGGCGGUGCUGUUUAAUGGUGGCGUGGAUUGUGGUGGUUUGGGUCAUUGAUGGUGUGGGGUUGUGGCAGCCUAAAUCGUGGUUGCACAAGACGUGGCAGUGCGGGUUAGGCAAAGCUAAGCCAGGGCUAUUAGGGAGCUAAUGCACUUUAUGUGCACUCUAUGUAUCUCUAGCGCCUAUGUAAUAGUACCAAAGAAGGAUUCACGUUAUUGUUCUGCUUA